UGACUUUUAUGCCUGCGUCAGUCAGUUAUUAUUGUCGGUUUUAGUUCUUGCUGAAUUCGUAAUUUUUUCGUUAGAAAUAAAAUGAGUCGUCGUUACAACGGUCCCCCGGAUACGGAAAGUUUGUUUUCUUUGAAAGUCGACAAUCUCACUUUCCGAACAACUGUUGAAUCUCUGAGGAAAGCAUUCGAGAAAUACGGAGAAAUCGGAGAUGUGUACAUACCACGUGACCGCUACACUCAGGAGAGCAGAGGGUUCGGGUUUGUGAGAUUUUACGACGAAAGAGACGCCGAAGAUGCGAUUGACGGUAUGGACGGAAGAAUUAUGGACGGCAGAGAGCUGAGGGUCCAGCUGGCCAAACAUCCGCGACCCCCAAACAGAUAUGGCGGAAGUGGAAGCAGACGUGAUUCAGGCCGACGACAACGCACAAGGUCACUCUCUAGAUCCCGUUCUAGGUCUUAUGAUAGGCGUGGCAGGUAUUCAAACAAUGAGAGCAAAAGGGGAAAAAGAUAUUCAAGGAGUGCAAGUCGUGAAAAGUCAAAGUCAAAGAGCCAUUAAAAGGACAGACAGACAGACGCUAAUCGAUCUAGUGAAGAAAAUGAAGAAUAAAUUCUUUUCUGAACCAUCAAUUGCAGUCCUGAAAAACUUCAACUGUGAUUGAAGGUUUAUAUAUAAUUGUUUGCUUUCUUUAUUUAUAGUUAUACGUAUCUUUCAAACAAUGACUGUUAGAUUAAUCUGAUUAUAUUAUAUCCCUGAUAAUUUUUAAUGUAAGGUAUUUUUUUAUUAAUUUUAAAAGACAAUGUUACAUUAAAUAUAAUGAAAUAAUAAAUAUAUAUGUAGGAGUAGCUGUGGCAGUGUGCUGUUGCGGUUGUAAGUAUUGUAGCAGGUCGCAGUUUGCUGCUGUUGAUUAUUGCAGUUUAUUCACUGUCUGCCCUAAACAGCAGGUUUUAAACUAAAGAGAAAAAUUUCUGUUCCAUGUUUUGUGUUUUAGCUCCUACCUUGCUGUGUAUGUUGAUCAUUGGUUGUUUGGUGAUUUUAGUUAACGUUUGUGUCAAAAUCAUUAUAUUUGCAUCAGUUUAUUCUGUUUGACUAAUCUAACAAACAUUUAUUUUGUCCUGAAUAUUUUAAUUAAAAAUAUGUCAAGCAUUUGUUUUCAUUUAAUUACACAAAAAAAAAAUUAAAUCACUGUUUCAAACAUUUAUGAAUAAAUAGAAAACAAAAGAAAUCA